AUUUCUCCACUACAUUCUAUUUGUUGUGAACGGUAGUGGUGGUGGUGUUGGGCAUUCAUUUUUUACUUGGUGGAAACAUCCACAGUGAGCGGACGUGUCUCAAAUCGUACCAUCGCCUGUUGUGUCUGGGAUUUUCUUUUACCGUUUCAGUUCCGCGCGAGUGUUUUCCCGUGGAGUUGCGUGAACAUCCGACAGUAACCAGGUGCAAGUGUUGUAUGUGUGUUUUUUAGUACGUCUGGUUUUAGUAGACGCAUUGUUUUCGAAGCAGUGUUGCCCUCUUCUCACUCCGGAGAGACACGGCCGUGUGUUGUUGUGUGGCACAGGAUAAAACAGAGGGCGUGUGAUAAACAGUGCGUGUGUGUGAAAGAAAAUUCACCAGCGUCGACUCGUCAGCGAACCACAAAGCCGGAAAACGCGUACCAGCGAGAAGAAGAAAAGCUCCUCAUUUUUCUUUAAAGAGCUAACGCAAUAGAAAAGGGCAGAGCACUACAAUGGCUUCCGGAGUAACCGUAUCGGACGUGUGCAAGACCACUUAUGAAGAAAUAAAGAAAGAUAAGAAGCACCGCUACGUGAUCUUCUACAUUCGCGAUGAGAAACAGAUCGAUGUGGAGGUGAUCGGUGACCGUAACGCGGAAUAUGACAGCUUCCUGGAGGACAUACAGAAAGGUGGACCGGGAGAAUGCCGAUAUGGAUUGUUCGAUUUCGAGUAUAUGCACCAGUGUCAGGGAACGUCAGAGAGUUCGAAGAAGCAGAAGCUGUUCCUGAUGUCCUGGUGCCCAGAUACCGCCAAGGUUAAGAAGAAGAUGUUGUACUCGAGCUCGUUCGAUGCGCUGAAGAAGUCGCUUGUCGGAGUCCAGAAAUACAUUCAGGCCACUGACCUUUCCGAGGCAUCUCGGGAAGCGGUCGAGGAGAAGCUGCGCGCCACUGAUCGUCAGUAAGGAACAAACAAACACUACAUAAACAAAACAACAACAAAAACAAUAUUACUUAAGGAAGGCGCACACAAAAAAAAGAGCAGGCAGGCAGGCAGACAAGCUAGCACACAACACAUACCCGACAUUAUAAUACUACACAGAGGACAACAACACCAACCAACAACACCACCACCACCACCCGUUUACAUACAUCCAACUCUGUGCUGGAGUACAACAAACGCAAGGAUUAGAGCAGGCUGGGGGCGUAAAAAGGAGGCAAAUAAUCGAAGACCCAGCCAUAUGCUGUAAACAACAGGAGGAAUCAACAACACAUAAACUUCAUUUAUACAUGCAUCAUGCAUAUACACACAUACAGACUUGUUUAACUGCGAACAACUACUACUUCACAGAAGAAUAACAACAGCCAACUAUUAAAAUACUA